AUGCGACCGGCGGUAACUCUUUCCUCUACCCGUGGGAACGGUGAUCACCGGGUGAGUCUUGAUCCAUCUUCUUGCCCCUUUUUGGGCGGUUUGCCGACGUCCCCUAGUACGGUUUCGCCAUUUUUAUCAAUAACAAACAUAAAAAAGGGUGACAAGGAGGGGACGGUGGUUGUGUCAAUAGCGGGGGCCCGCACUUACCGGUUAGCCGGUUUGUUUUCGCGAAGCAGGGUGGACCUCAAAAAGAGACUCGCCUUGCCCUCUUUCUUUCCUGGCGGUCUUUCUCCUUGUGGUGGUUCGACGGUCGCGCGGGCGAUGGCGUCGCCGUGCGAGAGAGUCAGUGUGUUUUUUUCUAUUAGGUGA